AUGUCUAACGCCAAAGGCACUCGAGCCUCGGUCGAUGACCAGGGCAUGCGACCACGAGCAAGAUCUGGCGCCACACGACCUUUGACAGCGCCACAUAGCGGGACUACAUCUGACGGUACACGCUCACGAGAAGUCUCACACCUUCAGGCCCCGCUCGAAGUGCAACCUCUGCCUGGUCCUGCUCUCAAACCAGGCCAUCAACGAUUCGUCUUGACAGAUCCAGCAGCUUUCAAGUAUCUGGAGGAUGAUCCUUCUACUACAGUACUGGAACGACGACGAGAACUUUAUGGCUACGAAUGCUAUGUCGUCGAACAAUGGACGACCUCGCGGACACAUCCGACCUUCGUCAUCACGACGUACACCGGCAAUGAGUCUAAUUUAGUUGUUGUUGGGGUGCUGAGCGUACCGACGGACGAAAGCACAUGGUCGCCACGCUUGAGGGUUUACUUCAAAGCAAUUAAUCAAUAUCAUGCUAGACGGCAGGAAACGCCACUCGGCAUAUUGAUGGUCACAAACCUCUCCGGCUUCCCAUCAUCACUCACAGUAAUACCAGUGCCCAAUGGCGAUAUACGAAAACACCGCUUCGAUUUCUUCGUGAACGAGAACCUGAAGCGACUGGGAUGCUCUGGUCGGGUAGGCUUGACAAUGCAACCUCCUAGUACUGCUACGAUAUCGAAGUUCCACCAGCUGUAUCGGACAUCCGAAAAGAACGAGCUAUACAAGUCUGUCAUCGAGCUUGUGAAGCUUGCUCAGUCAGCGCUCAUGCUCUUUGAUAAAUUGGAGGUUGACUACUCUGAUGGUCUAUUAUGUGAUGUCACAGAGAGGGCAAUCACGGAUUGGUGGGUCGAGAUUGGAACCGAUCAUUACAAUACAGAGCCACACGAUGGUAUUUUGGGUCCCACCACCGUUGCUGGUCUGCUCGGCUUGCUCAUGGGAGCACGAAAUAGGUUACACGCUGUUGGUGCGCCCGUAGGUAAGGAUCCGUUUGAUGUAGAUUCGAUGAAGCGAGGUAUCGGACACUUCCAGAAGCAGCAACGCAUCACACGAACACGAAGGCUAGAUCGACGGACUUUGGAUCGUCUGCAUAAAGCUACGCAGAAGGCUGCCGAACAUGGAGGCUGGUCCAUGCCCAAGGUUCUCAAGAAUACUGCUGCCGAGCUUAGUGGCAAAGGUGGCGAGAUGCUUGUUGAUGCUGUAGGCCAUCGGGACAGAGCAAGUAUAGCAGAGAUCGAGACUUGUGAUAUGGAGAGAUUCGUCGAGCUCAUCUUUGGGAAAACGUGUAAGUGGCUAUGGCGUGGCAAGCCAAUGAAGAAGAACAAGCAGGAAUCUGACGGUCGGCACCGGCUGGAGUCGAAUGCUGCGCUCAACAGCGGCUUGGUCUUUCGGCAUGAUCAACAGGGUGGGUUUACAUGGACAGCGCGGAAAAGUAUCGCACAAGGAGCACUACCUGAUGACCGUGAAAUGGGUGAUGAGGUUGGGAGUAAUGCAGACAGUGAUGAGCAAGAGGAGCCGAAGAGCGGUAUCAUGAAGCGUGCCACAGGUCUGCCGAAAGCUGGGCUGGGCAAGUUUAAGGGUGCAGUUGGAUUGAAGGGUCAUCAGCAUAAGGUGUCGAUGGCUGAUAACGAUUCACCCGUCACGCCAACGACGCCAGUACACGACACAGCACAAGCGAAGAAGCGCCCGCGAUUCAGACGAGCACACAGCUCACCAUUGAGUAGUCCGACCAGUCCUAAGUCGCCACCUAUCGACAGCCGAUUGGAGCCCGUGGACGAGCUACAGCACAUACGUACAGCGGACGAUCUAGGGCCGAAGGACAUGCGUGUCUCGAAUGUGCCUUUUUUGGGUCACAGUGCCGACGCUUCUCGCACGAGCCUGGACGUACCACCUUCAUAUCGUGAUCAGCAUGAUAGUGGUGGGUCCGGCAAACACACCGGAUCCUCCGAGCAAACGUCUGCACAACAAUCGCAGACUGUGACUGCGGAGCCGUCUGUAGCUGGGUCAAUAUAUAAUGGAGUUGACAUGAACGAGGUCUUGCCGGGCGGACCAGAGACAGAGAAGGAUGUUAAUCAGUUGCUCCGGCGCACGUUGUCCCUCAGCCACUUCAUAUCAGUGCAGCUUGAACAACACAAUGACGAUGGCUAUCCUCGCCAUCUCAGCUUCAGCUUAGCAGAAGACAGCGUCCUCACUUGGUCAUCCGUCAUACCCACAGGUGACGACGAGGACGACGAGGAUGAAGAGUACGGACCACUCGACAACGAUCUUAGAGCACAACUCAUACAACAGACGCUCCUGACCAAGCAGAAUCAGGCACUGCAUGCUUCUCUGCAACAAUUGCAAACAACGACCUCACCCUGGACACAAACCCAGCUCUCGGUCCUUACUACCCUUCUCGCCUCUACAGACACAAACGGCGAGACCCUGCAUGAGAUACACGAUCCUCUGGUUGACCAGGUGCAAGCGUUGCAAGCGCACAGUGAAAGUAUCCUUCGGUCGGAGAAGGAGCGAUUGGAAGAAGGCAGCAAGGAGAUCGAGACUUUUGCCGCGAAGCUGGAGUACGAGCUUAAUGGUCUGAGGGGUAGGGUGGAAGAUGUAGAGCAGGGUGUUAAUGACUUUGAGAAGGGUGUCAGGGAGGUCGAGCAGCGGGUUGAAGGGUUGGAGAAGCAGGCUGGGAAGCAGGGUGGUUGGUUUGGUGACUGCUGUGUUUCUUGA